UCGUCUUUAAACCAUAUUUUUUUACUAUUUUACUGAAAAAUAUUAAAGUAGAGUAGUAGACGUGUUGGCUAUAAGAAAUUUAAACUGGCAACGCUGGGACACCUAUUGUUUAUUUCUUUACUUCUCUUCUGCUCUGCUCUUUCAAAUUUCUAGAGUUGAAUUUUCCUUGUUAUUAGAGCACAAUGCACGUGAAAACUGCGGAGUGUUUCAGUAAAUUUGUGGCUUGCUGAACAGCCAUAGUGUUUGUGAUUUACUAGUGUAAUAGUGUACGUCUUACAUCAUGUAAGUGAGUAGUGACGUGUAAUAUUUAGAUUCGUUUGCAAGUUUUUUUGGUGAAAUGGAUAAAUUCGUUAUCCGAUCAAAGAAAAACAGUUCUGAUUUUCAAUCAGUACCAGCUGUUACAGUAUCCCCGUGUAGUAACAGUGAAGAAAUAGUUGACGUUCACGAAGAUUUUAAUGAACCAGUACCAUCUGGGUUAACAGACCAAGUUUCAGAUAGCCUGAGUGAUGUAAUACCUUUGAGUCAAUCUCAUUGUGCUUGUGCUCGUGCUGUUGCAGAAGCUUCUGCAUCAAAAUCUAAACAAAAGCCUUAUGGACGGCGGUUCAUUCCGAAAUGGACAGAGACAUUUUCGUGGAUAGAAUACCGUAUAGAAACUUUGAAAGUUUACUGCAAAAUUUGUACUCAGGCUUCCAAAUUAGGGCUCCCAUUGCCUCGCGAAUCUAGAGAGAAGGAUGCAUUUCAAGCUUUUGUAGAAAAGGGAUUUGAUAGAUGGAAAGAUGCUAUCGAGAGAUUUAAAAUCCAUGAACGAUCUGCUCUUCACCUAGCCGCCGUUUCCGGCCUACUUGAUGCUGAAAAAACCCCAAUUUCUGCCACUUUCUCAAAUAUUCUUAAAAGGGAUAUGGAAGAUAACAGAAGUGCACUGAAGCGAAUCUUUUCGAGUAUACGAUACUUGUGCUUGCAAGGCUUAGCAAUUCGAGGCAAAACAGAAGAGACAUCUAAUCUUCGCCAACUACUUAUCGAGAGAUCUUUGGAUUAUCUUCCAUUGCAAAAAUGGUUGGAAAGGCCAGAAAAAUACAAAUGGCUUUCACCCGAAAUUUGUAAUGAAAUCAUCACGGAUUUUUCUCUUGCAACCCAAAGGGACAUUGUUGCAACUUUGCAAAGUAGAGUUUACUUUGGUCUGAUGCUUGAUGAAUCGUCAGAUAUAUCAGCUAAGGAACAGGUUUCCAUAUGCUUUCGAACAGUCGAUGACGACUUUGAAAUCUAUGAAGAUUUUUUAGGAUUUUAUGAAACGGCCACAACCAAAAGCGCGGAUCUCUUUAAUAUUGUGAUGGACACCCUGAAAAGGUUUAACAUUUCAAUCAAUAACUGUCGCAGUCAAUGUUACGAUGGCGCUAGUGCUAUGGCUGGCGAUAUUUCGGGUUUAAAGACUCGUAUCAUGCAAACAGAACAUCGUGCGCUUUUUGUUCAUUGUAGAUCUCAUUCAUUGAAUCUUGUCGUGCAGGCUGAGGUUUCCAGGAAUACCGAUAUUGCCAACACCAUGUCUCUUGUGCAGAAUUUCAUUGCAUUUGCCAGAGGAUCUCCAAAGCGCUUAGCUUGGUUCCAUAACUUCCAGGAUCAAAAUGAUAAUGCAGAUGCCAAUGGAACAUCGUUUCGUCCCUUUUGUCCAACUCGGUUUAUUAUGCGCAAGAUAUCAAUCAUAUCCAUCACUAGUAAUUAUUCUUUCCUCAUUGAAUGGCUACAAGACCUUGAAACAAAUGAAGAUUUCGUCAAAUGUAAAGCCGAAGCUGCAGGAUUUUUAGCAUCGUUCCAGAGAUUUGACACAUUUUUAAAACUCGAAAUGCUGCGACAAAUUUUUACAACGUUGGAGGAUGCAAACACCCAGUUACAAGGAGCCCAGUUAAAUUUCCAGCGAGCAGAAGCCGUUAUUGAAGCAUUGAAAAAGGUUUUCAUAGAUGCCAGAUCCGAAGAACGUUUUGAUGUCCUGUGGACGUCGGCUGAAGCUUCAGCAAAAUUUUAUGAUUUGGAUGAGCCGGAAUUGCCCCGUCAAAGAAGACCUCCGGCGAGACGCACUGGAUCGGCAGCAGCUUAUUUCCCCUCUACGCCGAAAGAAAUGUAUCGCAAGAUUUACUUCGCUGCUUACGACGGAGUCAUUGUUGGGCUUUCGGACCGUUUCGAACCAAGUUCGACUACGACCCAUUUGAAGAAAGUUGAAGAAUUUCUCAUUGGGAAAACUGGAGUUGAAUAUUUAGAGGAAUUCUAUCAGAAUGAUUUUGAAGAUUAUCAGCGACUCCUACUUCAUCGAAAUAUUGCACUGGAUGCAGCCAAGAGUGAAAAAAAAGAGAUUAAAGAUUUUCAGGACUUUCUCGACUUCCUCAAGAUGGAUCAUCAUAUGGGUAUUCGCUCUUUAGCAUCCGAAGUUGUCAAGCUAGUCAAGAUCGUUCUUACUAUGGCAGUCACGACUUGCACCGCUGAGCGUUCAUAUUCCGGUUUAAGGCGACUCAAAAGUUACCUACGCUCAACAAUGACUCAGAAAAGAUUGAACGCCGUCGCUCUAUUAAACACUCACCGUGAUAUCGUUAAAACUUUUGAAUUGGACGUGCUUUUAGAUAAUUUCAUUGCCAAAGUUCACUUGCGUAUGCGAACAUUUUCUAUGUCAAAUGCCACAAACGGCAAGUCAAAUGUAAAGCCAAUUGACUCUUAGGAAUUAAUGUUUUUGUUAAGCUUAAGCAGGUGCAAUAUUCAAUAUUAUUUAUUAAUCCAGUUAUCUAAAAUCCAGAACACUUCAUUCCUUGAAUCCUUGUCCUCCUCCUUAUGAAUCAAUGCACCAUGCGCUUGUUGUUUCAAUACAGUUUCACUUUCAACAGUU